AUGAGGCAAAUAUUGGUGAUUGUUUCUACGUUGCUAGCCCUGGCCAUUGCCAGCUAUAUUCCACCCUAUUACGGUGGCGGUCAUCACGAUAAUCAUCACGAUAAUCAUCAUCAUGAUCAUCAUCAAGGAAAGUACGAUGAGCAUGAUUACGGUCAUGGACUACAUGACAACCAUCAUGGAGAUUAUGCCGCUGAACAUGGCGGUCAUGAAGGCGACCAUUAUAAGGACAAGUAUGCACACCGCGAUGGAUAUAAGGGCCAUCAUGAUUCCGCCUACGGUAAGGCCUCUAUACCCGGAAUUUUCGGAGAGGGCUAUAUCCUGACCUCAGAGUUAGAGCAAAUGGACGCUUUUAUCUCUUCAGGAGAUCAUGGAAAUGUGGAGGGAGGAAACUACUAUGACAAGGGUGGGGCGUUUGGUCACAAGGAACAGUCUUACGAAGAAGGUGGAAAGUACGGUUCAGAUGCUGAUGGUAUGAAGAAAUUCUCGUACUUCGCGGCAGGAUCUGGUCCUGAAGGAGAAUAUCAAAAAGGCUACUACGGCUCUGAAGGAUACGAAGAUUCCAAGCACAAUUCCAAGUAUGCCGCUGGAGGUUCUGGUGGUGGUUUCAAGAAGGGCCAUGACGAACAUGGCAAGGAGCACCAUGACGAUCACAGCGCUUACGAUAAGGCAUCAGCGGCCCAUGCGAGUUACGGUGAUCAGUACGAAGCUGGAGACUAUGGCCAUGCGAAAGACGGUCGCGAAAAAUCCGCUCAUCAAAGUGGUUGGAAAAAUAGUGGUUACGAAUCAGAAUAUGGUGCUCGUGGAACACAUCACUGA